AUGGGGCUUAAUGGAAGAACUAUAGCCAGUUUGAUUAUCAUAGUAUUUGGACCAACGAAUUACACCUCCAUACUGUCAGAAUCUUUAAGAAUUGGAAGAAUUUCUGAAAUCAGAACAUUUGCAGGAAUAAAGCCAGUCCCAACUGCAUCUGGUGCUACUGGUAGUCCUAGGAAAAUCCUUUUAGCAGGAAUAGAUGAAAUCCAUUGUUUCCUACUUUCCUUGCAUUUUCGAGCUUUGCAGCCUUUCCAGAAGAGUAUUGACAAGGCGUGUUAUUGUAAAAUUGAACCUAGAAGUAGUCGAAAAGGCCUGUUUUCAAGGCACCUCCACCCAAUGCAUCAGGUUAUGGGAAUUCAGGAGCCGCAGUUAUGUAAAUCUUCUUACCUUGUGUUCUGUAUUUGGGAAAGAAAGCAUUACUUUGAUUCCUUUGGCUUGACACGACUGGAUAUCAGAGCUCAAUCUGGUGCAUCCAUUACUGUACAGUUCACAGUGCCCGGCUAG